AUGGCCUCCCCCGACGCCCGCGCGUUCCUCCGACGUCUCCAGGGAUGCGAUCGAAACGACGUGUGCGCCGAUUGCGAGACGAAGAACCCGCAGUGGGCGAGCGUGAGCCACGGGAGUUUUAUCUGCCUCGAGUGCAGUGGCAUCCAUCGGUCGCUGGGCGUGCACGUCUCCUUCGUGCGAAGCGUCGGGAUGGACUCGUGGAGCGAGGCGCAGUUGAAAAAGAUGAGCGCCGGUGGGAACGGGACGCUGAAUGCGUUUUUGGCGCGACACGGAAUUGAAAAAUCGUGCGACGUGGCGAGUAAAUACAACUCGGCGGCGGCGGCGGCGUUCCGGGACAAGGUCAAGACGGAAUCGGAGGGCGGACGAUGGAUCGAACCGAAGAACAUCGAGCGUGGGGUGAAAAACGUGGACGGUGGCGCGGCGAAAAUGGGAGGGGCGGCGAUGGGGGGACGCGGCGGCGGCGACGACUGGGGCUGGGGCGAAGGCGGAACGAACGCGCCUCGAGCGAGGCCGGGACAGGAGUAUACGCAGGCGGAUUACAUGCGCAGCGCUUCGAAUAAAGAUGCGUUCUUUGCGAAGCAGCAGGCGCUGAACGCGAGUAAGCCAGAGGGAUUACAUCCGAGUCAGGGCGGCAAGUACGUCGGGUUCGGAUCGGGCGGCGGCGCGCCGCCGAGGAGGGAGGAUGACAUCGACGCCAUCAUCGGUCAGGUGACCAAUGUGACCUCUAAGCUGGGACAGUUCACGAUGAGCGCGGCGAAUCGCGCGGCGCAGGCGACGUCGUCCAUCGUGAGCAACAUUUCCGAUGGCGAUUACGACGCGCUGCAGCAUCGCGCCAAGCACACGGCGACCGCGGCGGCGAGCAAGGCCUCGGAACUCGCUCAGACGGGUUGGAGUUUCUUCAAGACUGCGUCACAGCAGGCUAUGAAAUCGUUCGAGACGCUGACGAGCGACAUUCCUACGACGGGAUUCGACGACGGGUCCUCCGGGCGGCGCAGCGGCGACGUUGGCUGGAACAACGGCGGAAACGGCUGGAACGGCGGAGACGACGAAUAUCGCGGUGAUCCCAUCGCGGCGCAACGAGAUGAUUUUUUCGCUCGAAAGCAAGCGGAGAACGCGGGUAGACCUGCGAAUCUUCCACCUUCACAGGGCGGCAAGUACGCCGGUUUCGGAAGCCAAUCGAGCUUCCAAUCGGCGCAGUCGCAACCGCAGUCGCAACGAAGUUUCAGUCGGUCGCAGAGUUACAGUCAGCCGCCUCCGCGACAGGCGAGUGGACAUUCGAGUCGACACUCCUCGCGACCGCCCUCGAGGUCGGCCUCGGUGCACGACGAGUGGGGCGUCUCCGACAGCGAGGACCAACCGGCGAGCUCAAAAAAGUCGGCAGAAGAAGACGACUGGGGCGACGCCGAUUGGGGAACGUAG